ACUGCGCCUGUGCGCCAGCAGCGGGCGCCGAGGCUUCUGGGUAGGUGGCACGGCCCCGCCUCUCGGUUGAAGGCUCUCGCGGCUGCUGCUGAGGUCCUGCUCUUCCCAGGAUGGCUACCCUGGUUGUAAACAAGCCAGGAGCGGGACUAGACAGUGGCCGGCAGGGAAGCCGGGGGACGGCUGUGGUGAAGGUGUUGGAGUGUGGAGUUUGUGAAGAUGUCUUUUCUCUGCAAGGAGAUAAAGUUCCUCGCCUUCUGCUUUGUGGCCACACUGUCUGUCAUGACUGUCUCACCCGCCUACCUCUUCAUGGAAGAGCAAUCCGUUGCCCAUUUGAUCGGCAGGUGACAGACCUAGGAGAUUCAGGUGUCUGGGGAUUGAAAAAAAAUUUUGCUUUAUUGGAGCUUUUGGAACGACUGCAGAAUGGACAUAUUGGUCAGUAUGGAGCUGCAGAAGAAGCCAUUGGGAUAUCUGGAGAGAGCAUCAUUCGUUGCGAUGAAGAUGAAACUCAUGUUGCAUCUGUAUACUGUACUGUGUGUGCAACUCAUUUGUGCUCAGAGUGUUCCCAAGUUACGCAUUCUACAAAGACGUUAGCAAAGCAUAGACGAGUGCCUCUUGCUGAUAAACCUCAUGAGAAAACCAUGUGCUCUCAGCACCAGGUGCAUGCCAUUGAGUUUGUUUGCUUGGAAGAAGGUUGUCAAACCAGCCCACUCAUGUGCUGUGUCUGCAAAGAAUAUGGAAAACACCAAGGUCACAAGCAUUCAGUAUUGGAACCAGAAGCUAAUCAGAUCCGAGCAUCAAUUUUAGAUAUGGCUCACUGCAUACGGACUUUCACUGAAGAAAUCUCAGAUUAUUCCAGAAAAUUAGUUGGAAUUGUUCAGCACAUUGAAGGAGGAGAACAAAUUGUGGAAGAUGGAAUUGGAAUGGCUCACACAGAACAUGUACCAGGUACUGCAGAGAAUGCCCGGUCAUGUGUCCGAGCUUAUUUUUCUGAUCUACAUGAAACUCUGUGUCGUCAAGAAGAAAUGGCUCUAAGUGUUGUUGAUGCUCAUGUUCGUGAAAAACUGAUUUGGCUCAGGCAACAACAAGAAGAUAUGACUAUUUUGUUGUCCCAGGUUUCAACAGCAUGCCUUCAUUGUGAAAAGACUUUGCAGCAGGAUGACUGUAGAGUUGUCUUGGCAAAACAAGAAAUUACAAGGUUACUGGAAACAUUGCAGAAACAGCAGCAGCAGUUUACAGAGGUCGCAGAUCACAUUCAAUUGGACGCCAGCAUCCCUGUCACUUUUACGAAGGACAAUAGAGUUCACAUUGGACCAAAAAUGGAAAUACGUGUUGUUACAUUAGGAUUAGACAGUGCUGGAAAAACUACUAUUUUGUUUAAGUUAAAACAGGAUGAGUUCAUGCAGCCCAUUCCAACAAUUGGUUUUAAUGUGGAGACUGUAGAAUAUAAAAAUCUAAAAUUCACUAUUUGGGAUGUAGGCGGAAAACACAAAUUAAGACCAUUGUGGAAACAUUAUUACCUCAAUACUCAAGCUGUUGUGUUUGUUGUUGAUAGCAGUCAUAGAGACAGAAUUAGUGAAGCACAUAGUGAACUUGCAAAGUUACUGAUAGAAAAAGAACUCCGAGAUGCUUUGCUCCUGAUUUUUGCCAACAAGCAGGAUGUUGCUGGAGCACUGUCAGUAGACGAAAUCACUGAACUUCUCAGUCUUCAUAAACUAUGUUGUGGCCGGAGCUGGUAUAUUCAGGGCUGUGAUGCUCGAAGUGGUAUGGGACUCUAUGAGGGGUUGGACUGGCUGUCACGGCAACUUGUGGCUGCUGGAGUAUUGGAUGUUGCUUGAUUUUAAAUGCAGCAGUUGUUCAGAGUUUUGUAGUGAAGAGUUAUUUUGCACCUAACAUGUACGAAAUUCUGUUCUCAAAGAUGAUAAUUUAGGUUGUGUAUAUAAAAAGAAUCUUGGCUUGGGAAUUCAGUAGAUUAUUGUUUUAAAAUUAUUUUGUGGCAAAAUUUAAAUAUCUGAGCAGAUUAGAUUGGGUUAAAUAGAGAUUUCUUGAAUAUACAUUGUUUUAAAUAGUACAUUUAUUAUUUAAGUUUUUCAGAUUAUAUGUGACCCAUAUAUUGGGAAAGAAGUAGUCACAGAGAAAGGGUAAGUGAAGGUUUAUUGUUUCAGUGACAAAAGAAUAGCCAACUGAGUGCCUAAGGAAACCUCUUAGUGAGGUGCAGCUGCUUCUUUACCCUGCCUUUUCAUGGAAUUUUGGCAGUAUUUAGUAGUAGGAAUGACACUCGCUUAAUGAAAUAGAAUCCGAACUGCAUAUUUGGGUAACAGGAUUACUUUACUUUUAUUUUAAGUUGUUUAAUGCUAACAACUAUAAGCUAUAGAAAGUUAAUAUUUUAUACAGUGUUUCAUUACAACUUUUCUCCUAAAGCAUUUUGUAUAAAACACAGUGAGACACAACGAAAUAUUAUCUAACUGGGCCUGAUUGUCAGAUUAGUAAUAAACUGAAGAACAACUAAUAAUAAAACUGUGAAAGUUACUUGAUCUUCACUUAUGAAGGACCUAUUAGUCUUAUAUAUAAUAACCAUGCUUACGUAUUAUUUCCUGGGUCAGAGAGCUUAAUUGGUCCUUCCAUUUUUCAACAUUUAAAGUACUUGGUAGUGUUUCUUUCUAAAUAAUAUUGCAUCCUUGUGGGUAUGACUAUGGGUGAAAUAUAGUAAGUAACAGAAAACCAGGGUCAGCAUAAUGUAAAAGGUAGAGACCUAAGUGGAAAACUAACUUUACCUUAAGAGAAGUCAUUUAAAGAAUGGGGAAUGCUUAUUACUUUCCCAUAAUAAGUGCAUUUAUCUUGACAAGAGAACUUGAUCAAAGCUCUUCAUGAUAAGGCCUUGAAAAGCUAUUUAAGAAGAAAAGUAUGUCUAAAGAAGGCAAAGAAAUAUUUUUAAAGUUUACAUUUAUUAUUCAGUGUUGUGAGUAAAUAAAAAUUUUGUGCUCUUUACUGUUUUUCAUUUUUAAAGGAUACUCUCUUAUAAUGGAAGCAUGAUUUAUUAUAUUUAAAUGGGUAGAUUGAAAUUUUAUGGUUUUUAAAAUGCUCUUAAACUUUAAGACAGUUUAAUCAUAAAUCUUAUUAGUUGAUUUGAGAAGACAGUGAUAUCUGAUGACAAGAUGUGAUUUUAGGUGGCACUCAGUUUGGUUUAGUCUUUUCAAAAUUUUUGUUGUUUAAAAAUAAUAACUUUUAGAAACAAAGCAUUAAAAAAAGCCCAUCAAUGAUAUGGGCAAUAUGUAAAUAAGUAAAUACAAUGUUUUGUCCUUUGUUUUUCAAGUAAAAGUUUAUGCUGUUACAAGUGUAGUUUGUGUGCAUAGUAAUAAUUUUGAAUUAUUUAAUAUUUGACUGAUUUCUAUAAUCGUGAAAAAUAAAAAAGGUGUUGCAUUUGCUUGUCA